GCAGGUCAGAGUAUUUGCCCUUCUCUGCUGGAACCGAAUUGUUUUGGUCCUCGCCUCUGCAGCUCCCGGUGCACACGGAUGAUCCAGGCCUGACCCUGCCCGUCCCUGCCCCUUCCCUUCCUCUGCGCUGCUCCCGGCGGUUUUGGUAGAAGCUUGUCUCUGAAAGACUGGGAAGGAAUAAAGUAACCAGGGAAUUAACCUAAUGGAGCUACCUGAGUGAGGCUGACAAGACUCCCAGAUGGUGGUUAGGAAAUUAAUUCUCCACGAACAAGAACACACCAAGUGUUUCUGCACUAGUGAGCCUCAGAACACAAUGACUACUUUGGAUGAUAAAAUGCUUGGUGAGAAGCUCCAGUAUUACUACAGCAGUAGUGAGGGUGAGGACGAAGACAGUGACAAAGAAGAUAAAGAAGAGGAGAGCACCAUUCCUGAAGGCGUGGGGGAAGUGGAGCUGAGCAGCGAUGGCAGUGCCAUCAACACAGGUCCCAAAGGAGUCAUCAAUGACUGGCGGAGAUACAAGCAGCUGGAGACUGAGCAGCGGCAGGAGCAGCGCAGGGAGAUGGAACGGCUGAUCAAGAAGUUAUCUAUGACCUGUAGGUCUCACCUGGAUGAAGAGGCUGAUAAGCAGAAGCAGAAGGAGCUUCAGGAAAAAAUCAAUGGGAAGAUGACUCUACAAGAAUAUAACACGAUUCACAAUGAUGAAGAUGAUGAGGAGUUUUUACAGCAGUACAGGAAGCAGCGAAUGGAGGAGAUGAGGCAGCAGCUCUACAAUGGGCAGCAAUUUAAACAGGUUUUUGAGAUUACCAGUGGUGAGGCAUUUUUGGACACAGUUGAUAAAGAGCAUAAAAGCACACUGAUCAUGAUCCAUAUUUAUGAAGAUGAUAUCCCUGGCACUGAAUCCCUGCAUGGCUGUAUGAUCUGUCUGGCUGCUGAGUAUCCAACAGUGAAAUUCUGCAGAGUAAAGAGUUCUCUCAUUGGUGCCAGUGCUCGCUUCACCAACAAUGCUCUGCCAGCUUUGCUGAUCUAUAAGGCAGGUGAGCUCAUUGGCAAUUUUGUGCGAAUCACUGACCAGCUUGGAGAAGAUUUUUUUGCUGUAGACCUGGAGGCUUUUCUGCAGGAAUGUGGCUUGCUUCCAGAAAAAGAUCUAGUGCUCCUGACUUCUAUCCAUAAUCCGUCUGCAUGUUACAGUGAAGACAGUGAUCUGGAAAUAGACUGAACCACUUACACCAAGGGCUAGUAGGUGUAGUUGUACAGUGGGGUGUUCCUGUGGUAGGGAUUGUUCUCUUCCUUAGUGUGGGUAUGUAUUCCUCCCCUUCAUGCACUUUGACUUUUGCCCGUUAAAAGUUUGUUAAAAAUAAUGUAAGGAAUUCCUAACAUUUUCUUAAAAUAAUUCAAUAAAGUAGACUCUCAAACA